AUGGAGUUCUCCACGGACGCGGUCUUUGACGGGUACGAUCUGAAUGACCUACAAGACCCUUAUUACCCAAGAGAGACGACAUUAGAAGGACCGGUCUUCCUCGACACUGAAGCAUGCCUCUGCGCUUUGCAGGAAACGCCAGCUGAGGGCAGGGAUGCAGUAUGGCAGUGCAUUGGAAAUCAAACGCAGGAAGUCUACGAGGUAUCAGUGGGUAAAGGCAAAUGGUUCAAGUCUGUACAUGGCGGAAACAAGGUCGACUUGCCCUACAACGAUGCCUCGAAUCCGCCUAAUACCAACGAACCUCUCAAGUACGACUCGAAGGAGAAAGCCCUGGUGCCCUUGGACGACGACGACUCCUCUCUGACCAUUUAUGACAAGGCGUGCACAGGAAUAAAUCAAACCACAUUCACGACGGCAUAUUUGCGCGCAUUUGACAGUUUGAGCCGCAAAGAGUACCCGCUGGGUGAUGUUGGGCCGUGUUGGAGACCUGGGGCGGUGCCGAUACCGCUGGUGAAUGAGAGUUUCUGGCAAUCCAAUGGAUGCCCCGAUGGUUUCCUGUGCCAGAACAACACCAUCAACUCGUUACCGCAGUACUGCCCUCCUCUGACAGUGUGCCAGAAGUCGCGGGUGUCCGGGGCCGUCUGCUCGUUCGACGGCGUCAACAUGGGAAUGGGGCCCUUUGAGCCUGUCAUAUGUCAAACGGGACACUACUGCCCGACCGAGGACAAGGGCAGGACGAUGCUCCCGUGUCCAGCGGGCUCGUACUGUCAACCCGGCGCCGCGACGCCCACGCCGUGCCCCGAGGGGUCAUCAUAUGCACGGCUCGCCAUCCCGAUCGCCAUCCCGAUCGCCAUCCUCAUCAUCCUCGACGUCGCUCUAUUAUUGGGAAUCUUCUUGACAAGUCUCCGGAAUCGCUUCCGAUCCAGUUCGAAAUCGCAUAACGGCGCUGUGAAGAAGCCUCGGGUGACGGUCACCGGUAGAGGCUACAAGCAGCUUCCGUAUGAGAGGGAUGACGGCACGGAGAUGGCCCCGAUGCAGGCAACUUACGUGCCGCGCUCAGAAACAUGGAUGGGCUUCGAAGCUGCGUUGGCCCCCCCGGGCUGUGAGGGUGGUGGCGCGAAUGACCUUGACAGUGGGCUUUCGCCGCAACUUCGCGUUUUCGUCGAGUCUAUGAAGAAAGCAACGGACGGUGCCCAAUUUGGUCUGUCUUUCAGGUACUCUGAUCUCAGCUUCCAUCCUAAAAGUUCGUCUAGGCCGAUUCUGCAGAAUAUAACGGGCUCUAUCGAAAGAGGCUCGCUUGUAGCCGUCAUGGGUGGAUCAGGAGCUGGCAAGUCGACGUUCGUCAAUGUGCUCAUGGGAAAAUCGACCAAUACCGGCGGAUCUGUCAUAGUGAAUAAUACUCCGAGGAAGAUCAAACGCUACAAGAAGCUUAUCGAGUUAACUGUCUACGAGAAUAUUCUUCACGCGGCCAGGAUCCGGUUGCCUCGAACCUGGGCUGAUGUGGAUAUUCAAGCCCAUGUCAACUCGGUCAUCGAUUGCCUGGAGUUAUCCCAUGUGCGCGACUCUUUGGUUGGGAGUAUUGGAAACCCCGUCAUAAGCGGUGGCCAGAGGAAGCGUGCCAGCAUCGGAAUGGAACUGGCGGCAGCUCCUAUGGCCAUCUUUCUUGACGAACCAAGGAGCGGAUUGGACGCCACAGCGGCAGUGUCCAUCAUGAGAACCCUAAAGGCCAUUGCUCGCUUAGGUAUCUCUGUCAUCGUCAUCAUCCACCAGCCACGAAUGGAAAUCUUUGAGCUAUUGGAUGACCUUAUCUUGCUAGGUAAUGGUCAAAUCAUCUAUGAAGGCCCUGAGAGUGAGGUGCAGCCUUUUUUUGAGAACAUCGGGUUCCAUUUCCCGGAGCAUAGUAACUAUGGUGACGUUGUUACCGACAUCAUCACCGGCAAUGGGCGACCGUACAAGCGAAGCGGUGACAUCUCGAAAGAGUCCCUCAUCACAUACUGGGCCAGUUCCCGCCAAAAUGCCUCCAUCAAGAAGAAUCACGCCAGCCUUGGUCGCGGCUUCCUCCUCGGUGCCCCCCGAGACCCUUCCAUGUCCGCCGCCCUCAAGCAACGCGGCGCCCCCCGUUUCAAGAAAGUUUGGCUCUGUUUCCGCAGGGCUAUGCUGCAGCAAUGGCGCGCCAAGUCCGCUUUCUGGUUCGAAAUGGGCCUCGCUUCCCUCGCUGGCUUCCUCCUAGGUCUAGCCGAGAACUCCAAGAAGGGCGUCCUCUUCGUGGGAAUUUACAACAAACCCUUCGAGGACCUGUCCGUGGCCACCGACCUCCGCUCCGCCCCCGAGUUCGCCCUCCUCAUCGCCAUCGCCAUUGGCCUCGUGGCCGGUGCCCCUGGCGUCAAGGUUUUCUCCGAAGAGCUGCUCAUGUACCGGCGCGAGGCCGAGGCGGGACACUCGCGGAUCGCCUACUUCUUGGCCAAAGCCAUUUCUGUCAUCCCGCGCAUGCUUUUCGCCUGCAUGCACUUCUCCACGCUGAUCUUGCUUCUCGCCUUGCCCGUUAUCAGCUGGGGCAUCGCUUUUGUUACCAAUCUGGCUUACUUCUACUGCAUCUAUGGACUUGCCAGCUGCGUCAGUAUGAUUGUCCGUCGUGAGGAGGCACCCCUGUUCGCUACUAUGGUCAGUUUGAUCGUGGGCAUACUGUCGGGCUCCGCGCCGCCGCUGUCGCAGGUCAAGAAGUGGCAUCUUGAGUGGUUGUGGCGCCUAUCGCCAGGUGUAUGGCUCGCGGAAAUCUACUUUGGCCAGCUGGUUGAGCCGUUUGGACACUUGUAUGAUGUUGGCCUGGCGGCGGAUCUGGCUGGGUUUCAACUGAGCUGGAUGCGGAGGAAUAUCUUGAUUUUGUUGGCCAUUGGGACGGUCUAUCGGAUUAUCGCCUUUGUUGGGCUGGUAGGCGCGAAGCGAAUGCGUAUCUGA